AUGAAUAAAGAAAAUCGUAGUUCACAACUUUGGAGUAUUCUUGCAAGUGCAGUCAAACGUGUUCACAGGGAACAAAGGCGUCUGGACGUUUGUGAAUGUGUUGAUGCGGACUACAUAUGGCUAGACCCCAUAGUAAUGAGGCUCUUCAAAGUACGCUUGCUAGGACAAACUGCAAAGGCGUCAGAUGAAAACACAUUAUGGUUGGAACUGUCACCAUGUCCUGUAAUCACAAUAUUUGAUAAUCUCACUGAGUUACCUACUGUUGUCUCGUCCUUACAUCUACACUUGUAUAAAACCCUCAAUGACUCCAAAUCUACAAAUUCUACCCAUACAAAUCCACUGUUAGAUAUUUUAACUGGCUUCGAUAAUACAGGCAAUGUACAAUUAUGGCCAAGCGAAAUUUUCUUAGCUCACAGUAUGUUUUUUGAAAAUCUUUACCCUGGUCUAUGGAAAGAGUUAUAUGUGAAUUUUCAAUUUUAUCCUAUCCAAAAAGUAUGCGAAUUAUGCGCUGGUAUGACUGGAGCUGCGGGUGUAGCUGUUUCCAUGCGUAAAUAUUCAACUAUAUUCCAGAUAUCUGAUGUGUUGAUCACAGAUGGUAAUGAUCGAUGUGUUUCUUCUAUCUUAUCUACUGUUGAUCAUCAUAAAGGGAGAUUAUCAAGUAUUGCCGAAUCUUCUAUGCCACAAAUCAAUAUUGAUGUAAAAAAUAUCCGGUGGCCAAAAGAUUAUCUCGUCCUGGUUGUCGGCGGCAUUACAUUGUUUGCAUCAGUUGUGUAUAUUAGAUUUUAUAAGUUAACUGUGGAACGUCCAACCAACAGCCUAUAUCUAAUGUCUCAGUGUUCUCCUUUAAUUAAAAAAAUGUCAUGGGGCUCUAUUACAGUAGAAACAGUAUCCGAAGAUGGUACUAUCAAUCCUAAUAAAUUAGUUACAUAUAGAGAUGCAAAACUAUGGCCAAAAGGAAGUCGUGCAUGGGAUUGGAAUGAAACAGGUACUGGUCACUUUAAUGGAAUACAAAACCCAGAUGUCGAUGAAUUACUUCAUCAUAAUCCUAAUAUUAUUAUAUUAAGUAGAGGUGUUCUAUGUCAAUUGAAAGUACCACAAGUGUUAAUUGAUUACAUCAGUCAGACGAAUUCCAAUGUUAAAGUAAUUGUAGAAAGCAGUAAAAAAGCAUUUAAAUUAUACAAUCAAUAUGCAAUUGAAGGUGAACGUGUCGCUGCUUUAAUACAUACAACUUGUUGACAUUCAUUUACGCAGAGAUAGACAGACAACAAAUUCAUACUUGCUACAAUAGUAAAAUAGCAUAUCUCUUUGACCGUCUUUGAAAAUAAUCCCUGCUUCCUUGCACUACUACUACUUCUUGUCACCACCAUAUUUUGCUUAUUAUUUUUUUUAUCUCACUUCCCAGUAUGCAUAUCACUAUGAGACAUUUUUAUUUAUAUAUACAUAGAUUCCAUAAUUAUUUAUUUUUCAUUAUUGAGUAGUUACACACAUAUACAUUUUGUUAAAACACCAUUUAUUUUUGAAUCAUAUUUAUUUCCACUAUUGAUAUAUGGCAUGGUUGAUAUCCUCUAGUUCUGAUUCACUGUGAACUCAGUUGUUAAUAGAGAACAAAAUAUUGAUAUAAAUUGCAUGCAAAGAGUAUUGAAAGAUUCUGAGACGCUUUUCAAUUAUAUAUAU